UUGACUGUGAGAAUGGACUUGGAUUCAACAUGUAGCCAACCGUUAGACAAAGUUUACAGACUUUGAAUAAAAAAAACGACAAUGUGUUGUUAUGUCGAACUGGCUUGAAUGAACACAUUCUUGAGCUUCUACGGAAUAACAGACGAUAACAGUCAUUGAUCUACAUAGUAACCGCUUCUGAAAUCUAUUUCCCGUCCACUUUUGGUUGCUCUGACAAGCACAGCGACAAGACUGCACUGUCAAGCAAGCAGCAUACAAUGAAUAAAUGGCAGAGGCUUUGCAAAACAUGAGUGACCUGCAGUCUCAAAUUGAUGAAAUCGAAGCUCUUUCAUCCAUAUAUGGUGAUGAGUGGUGUGUGAUUGAUGAGGCUUCAAGAAUAUUUUGCAUCAAAAUAUCAGAUGACAUUGAGCAGCCUAAAUGGACUGUUUGUUUACAGAUUAUACUCCCCCACGAUUACCCAAGCGCAGCUCCACCUAUAUACCAGAUAAACGCUGCAUGGUUAAGAGGUCCUGAGAGAGUGAAACUCUCAAACAGCCUAGAGGAACUUUACUUGGAGAAUGCUGGAGAAAGCAUCCUCUAUCUGUGGGUGGAGAAAAUACGUGAAUUCCUCAUAGAGAAAUCCCAAAGUGGAGAAACAGUGGAGGGAUUGGAUACGUUGAAGGCGAUGAGAACCGAGGAGGAGGAGGAUUAUGAUGAAGAUGUUCUUCUAGAUUACAGUGCACUGAAGCUGAACACAGAGCAGUCUCAUCUGUUUUCCGAUCGUCUAGUGGAUGAGGAGUUGCCACCCAUACAUCAUGGUGAAGCAAUAACCGAUAGACGCAGCACCUUCCAACCCCAUUUAGCACCUGUGGUGAGCCCUAAACAGGUUCGAAUGGUCCUCGACAAACUGUACGAAAACAAGAAGAUUGCAAGUGCUACUCACAAUAUCUACGCGUACAGAAUAUAUUGUGAGGACAAAAAUACUUUUCUUCAAGACUGUGAAGAUGAUGGAGAGACUGCUGCAGGGGGACGGCUGCUCCAUCUUCUGCAGAUUCUGGACGCGCGGAACGUGCUGGUGGUUGUGUCACGGUGGUACGGCGGGAUUCUGCUCGGGCCAGAUCGCUUUAAACACAUCAACAACUGUGCCAGGAACAUCCUCAUCCAGGAGGGCUACACUGAAUCUACGGAUGAAGCUUCAAAAUCAAGUGGGAAGAAUAAAAAGGCUAAAAGCAAAAAGACAAAGUAAAAAAGAAGAAGAAGAAGAAAAAAAAACAACAAUAACUAAGCCAAAAAGGAGUGAAUUCUAGACACCUUUGUCUUCCCACCGGGAGCAAAAUGCCUUAGGGGAGUGUCAAGCCCCAAAACAUCACAAUGACAUGUUCCUCCAGAGCCUGAAGUGGAGGAGCUUCAGUCGGGGGGGGGGGGAGUAAUGUUCUACCUAAAGAACACGUAAUAAAUACCUGGUCUCCAGUCAGUGCUGGUAAACACAGAAUGAAAAUGAUGCACUUAUAUCAGCGAGGCAUCCUAAAUCGGAGCCGUUUCUACAGUAAAUUGCAUAGAGUUGACUGAAAUGGUUAACAACUUCUGACAUUUCUUAUUUUAUGAGAUGAAACCCUAGAGUCAAAAUGACUCAAGAAUGUAUGAAAAUAAUAAUCCUGCAACAGUACCAAUAUUUUUUUUUUGCAAAAUUUCUUUUAUGAAGACCAGCUCUAUUAUCAAGAUGUUUAUCAGGCCUACCUCGAGUAAUCAGCGUGCUUUUUAAUAGAGCUUUGGUUAGUUUUUGUGUGGUGUGGUUUAAUGAAAGUCGCAGCACAAAGGAUGUGAUGUACAUCAUGAGGCCGAGCUUCCUCAGAUAAACGGCGCUGUAUCCCUCUCGAAAAAAUAAAAA